CUCCGCUUUCAGUCUUUCCGAGUCUCGAUCGCGCGUGGGUCGCGUGCGCGUCGCUUAAUUUCCGCGCGUUUACGCGUCCUGUAUCUCCGCACGCGUUUUCUUCGCGCGUUGUCCAUCGAGUUCUGCUACGCUUAUAGUUUAUCCAAUUCCGAAAAAGUUUUACAUUAAAUUUAUUCCAAGUUAUUUUCCAUAAGUUUACGAAGAAAGAGUGCAGUUUUCUCCUUUUUAUUUUUUUUUUUUUUCAUUAACGUAGUGCGCGCGCCAUGUGACUACGCACAAAUUAUCAUAUUUCCAAGGAAUAGAAAGAGAGAAAAGAGAAGGGGAAAAAAAAAGAAGAGGUAGGAAAAAUAAUCUUACUUCCCUUGGCAAAUCUUUUCAUUUUCUUCUAAUCCCAUUUCCUCCCCUCCCCCGUAGCCCUUCCCUCUUCCUUUCAAAAGUUUAGCGUCACUUCUUCGAACGGUCGCUUUUGUGUUUCACGCGACGCGAGACCACGUGAUUUCGAGCGUUCCUUCUAAUCUUUUCUUUUUCUUCUUCUUCUUCUUACUCCUCCUCCUCCUCCUUCUCCUUCUCCUUCUUCUUCUUUUCUUCCUCCCCUUCUUUUCCACCAUUAGAAAGAUCUUAGCUCAAGGCGAUGCGCUUUGGAGCACGAGGUGGAUAGUACGAUACGGUGUGUCAGAUAAGCCCGAAGCGAGUUUUUUUGACAGAAGAAACGAAGUAAGAAAGAGAUAGAUGGAUAGAUAGAGUGCCAAGUUUUAGACGAGUUUUCCUAAGAGUUUUUCAACGGUGCUUUUUGGUGUCUCGCAGCUGGUGCGCGUGGAGCGUUGUUCCUUGUGAACAAGGAAGAAAGAAGAAAAAAGGAAGAAAAAGAGAGAGAGAGAGAGAGAGAGAGAUAGAGAGAGGAAAAGGGAGAUAUAUAAAGAAAGAAAGAGGGAGAAAACGAAGGGAAGAAAGAAAGAAAGAAAGAAAGAAAGAGAGAGAGAGAGAGAAGAGGUCAAAGGAUACCAAACUUUUUCUCCGGGAUUCUUUAUAUUCUUUCAAGGUGAGUGUUGUUCCACCAUGAUAUUUUCCAGUGAUUUUAACGAUUUCGCAAAAGUGGAGACCUUGAUUUCGUUGAAACGGUAUUUAACGAUACUAAAUAAAGAGUUAGACGAGAGAAGAAGACUGAUAAAUGAAGGAUAGAAAGGAGAAAGAAGAAAGAAGAAGCCGAGAGAAGUCACCUUGUAUGGAACUCUAACCAACACGCGGCCUGAAACUGAAAGCGUGACUUAUGAACGCCAACCGAGAUAAAGGAUCUUGAUACGAAUUUGUUGGAGCUUGGCUUUUACGUACUCACGUCAGAACUCAAAUCAUCACGGAACAUAUGUUAAAGAGUUCGAAAACUACGAGAACUGAAAAUAAUCUACCGUCGAUAUUUACUCUGAUGCUUCUACCCGCCCACGUAAAGACAUCGACAACAUUUACGACGAAGGUUUGGAACCUUGGACGGCUGGUAUCAAGAGCGACACAUUGAUGCACCGACUAUCGAUUCGUGGCAGCACCAACGGUGAGGAGACAGCGACCCGCUGGCAAGGAAAUUUCGAUAGACAAAUCCCCAGGAUGGAGCUGACAACGGCGAGAUUGUUACUCUGCUUAAUUCUGACAAUGAUGGCCAUGUGCCGAGGACAAGAUGUCGCCCAAGACUGGAUGCAGUGCACUGCGUCGUCAUGUAAAUGCAAAUGGGUGUCCGGUAAGAAAACGGCCGAGUGUAUGAGGCAGAAUCUAACGCAAGUACCGCAAAACUUGUCAUCGGAGAUCCAAAGUCUAGAUCUUACUGGGAAUCGAAUACCCCACUUGAUCGAAGACAUCUUCAAACUGAACAAUCUCGUGAAUCUUCACAAAUUGGUACUGCGCGAGUGUGGCAUCGAGACGGUGCAUCCAAAGUCGUUCAGAGCAUUGAAGAUCAUAAUCGAGAUCGAUCUCUCAGCUAACAACAUUAGAACUCUCCAUCCUGGUACUUUUGUUGAGACCCUACGACUCAGAGUGCUACUCUUGAAUCAGAAUAAACUGAGGGCCCUAGAGGAUGGUUUGUUCUUCAACUUGACCUUCUUGCAGAAGGUUGAGGUAUCCGAUAAUAGAUUGGAAAGAAUCGAGGAAAAGACAUUUCGCAAUUUACCUGGUCUACAGUCCCUCACUUUAGACGGCAAUAAUCUGAGCGUACUUAAGCUUCACAGUUUCGAGAAUCUACCAAAAUUGAACAGUCUCGAACUUCAGAAUAAUCCUUGGAACUGUAACUGCCGACUUAAGAGAUUUCGCGAUUGGACGAUAGAGCGAAAAUUGUACACGAAGCCUAACACUUGCCAACAACCAGCCAAUCUUGCUGGGAAGAUGUGGGACGAGGUUAGUAGCGAUGACUUUGCUUGUCGCCCAGAAAUCUUUGUGAUAGGACCAGCAGGAAAACUCGAGAUCGGCCAAGGAGAUGCGAAACUCUGGUGCAGAGCCACGGGCAUUCCUCGACCUCAGCUCGUUUGGGUGCAUCGAUCGAAAGUGUUGAACAAUCAAAGCAGACGACAUAAUGGAGAACGUGGUUAUAUUAUCGAGUCCAAUAACGAUUGGUUGAAUCUAACUAUCCCUGAUAUCGGUCCAUCCGACAAAGGUGAUUACGUUUGCCUUGCGAAGAAUCCAGGUGGUAGCGUAGAGAAGAAUGUAACUCUGAGCGUCGUGGGCGACCCUAUCAGUGGUAGAGACAGUACGAUUAGCCUACCUUUGGCUAUCGGACUCGGUAUUGCUGCCCUUCUACUUCUCCUCGUCACAGUGACGCUCUGUGCUUGCUACUGUCGACGUCGUCGAGAUCAUCAUGAUGAGAAAGGCUUGGAAGCAGUAUCUCUGGAACAUCAUAGUCUAGGCGAACAAGAGAAGUCUUUGAUCACGACCAUAAACACCAGUUCGGUUAAAACAGCCAGGCGAUAUGAAGCACCCUCCGUGACAUCGCACGGCACCGAAAUGACGGAGCUGAAUCGAACCCUUCUCGACAACGACUCGGUCUUCGCUGACGGUGUGGUGGGUAGCGGCGUAAUCGGCAACGUGGUCGGCGGAGGAUUGGACGAGGAAAGAGAGGAGGGUCCCAGGACAACAGAAUUCGAUAAUGGGGGUGCAGGUGGAACUUUGAGCCGUGUUGGAAGUGGUACUUACCGACAAUAUCCACCAGACCUGUUGGCCUUCUCUGGUGGUCGUGGAGCUUCGCCAACCAGUCAGGCUUCUACAGCGCCAGACAACACUCGUCUUCCUAGUCAGCAACAUCAGCCGCAGCAACAGCAACAACAACAGCAGCAUCAGCAACGACAGCAUUCGACCUCGAGUCCGACGUCUUUGGGCUAUAACUCACCACCCGGACAAUAUCCUGCAACUUUCAAGACUCUCCCUCAUAAUCGAAGCGUCACGCCGUACGGUCUUGCAGGAUCUGCAGUAGCACCGGUGAUGCCUCGUCACGGAUACGUCACCAUUCCAAGGAGACCUCGAGCUCCCAGCUGGAGCAGUGGCCCACCGACUUCGCCCACUGAUGCAUUGGAACCCGUAUAUGAUAAUCUAGGCCUACGCACUACAGCAGACGGCAGCUCUGUGCUUUCCCUAAAUAAAAGUCCGGAGACCGGAUCUUCGGUCAGAGGAAGGCAAAUACCUGGUACACCGACUUCCCACUAUGCGACCAUGCAACGAAGCACUCCCAACAUAUUAGCCGGUAGUUCGAAUGCACUCGGUACCCUCGAUAGAUCGGCACCCGAGGGUGCUCCCGAAGCCAUCUCCGACUGGUCCAUUAAAUUGGCCGAUGAGACUCUCGAUAUCAGCUCUAGAUCUCUCGGUUUACAACAACAAGGUAACAACACGUUAGGUAGGAAGAUUCCACCUAGGCCCCCUCCAAAACCCAAAAAGAAAUCGACCAACGGACCUCUCUACGAAGACGAGGAUGAGGAUGGCACGGAAGUAUGAUCCUACGAAUACAAUGGACGAUGAGGACGUCGGGUCUUCCUACUUCUUCGUUCCCGCCACUACUACGUCGAGCCAUACUACUCUAUCGAGUCGCCGGCGAUCUCGGGAAAGAAACCAAUAGUGCCUUCAUUCGAAGAUUUUGAUGAUUCUUCUUCCGACGUGAACGCAAGUCGAUGUGGUUCUUCUUUCGGACAAAGAAACGAUGCUGCGACAUGACGAUGAUGAGAGGACGGCGAUUCGUCGUUUUAUCGUACAUCGAGCUGAUGAGGGAUGAAGAUAUACGGACUAUAAUUCGCAUGGGAUGCGAUUUAUCACUCUUUCUCUCGAUACGCGUUUUCUUUUCCCUCAUUUUCUCUUCUUUUUCUUCCUUUUUCUCUUUUUUCUUUGCUUUCUUUCCCAUUUAAAUCUUUUCGUUCCUUUCAUUUUCUCCUUCGCUUUUUAUCGACUCGUCCGACAAGCGAGAUUAGAACGAUUUCACGAUUUAUAUCGCGAGAUAUUGCUUCGCGAAAAAUCGUUAUACGAUGUUAACGAUUUCGUAGAAUGAUAUUAAUUGAGAGGCAAUGAGAGAAGUAAGGAGUAUUUAAAAAAGAUUGUAACUUUCUUUCUAAGAUAACCUGAAUUAUUAUUAUUUAAUCCGAUAAAUUGAAUUUAUCCUUGGUUGAUUAAAGAUUAUAUUUAUUUGUUAAGACAGAGGAGAACUUUUCCAAUAUCUACGACGAUCUUCUUCUAUUUAUCGCAGUUUCUCAAUUUCCGAGAAAUCAAGCUGGUUAACGUGUCGUCGAUUUUCUCCGGUCUCUCCAAACAACUCAGGUCACUCUUUAACUUCUGUUCUUUAAUAUCGUUCAAUGUACACGUGAAACUCUGUUUCGUGAUCGACCAAGCAUUCGUGGUUUAUGGUUGUUCGACUAUAGAAGCUUUUUGUGUUGAUGAAAGGUGUUAGAUUUAUUUGACAAGAUUAAGUAAGCUACUUCUAUUAUCGUAUCCAUUGGAGCACUUUAUAUAAUUAUUUCCAACAUUUUAUUGAUAUUUCAAACUACGGAUGAAAAUAAAAUGAAAGAAGUGUAUCAUUUCGUGGAAAAGAAAACUUUGAACAUUUUUUCGGACAAAGUCUCUAGAGGAAUAAUAUUAUUAAAAAAAAAAAAAAAAAAAAAAAAAAAAAAAAAAAAAAAAAAAAAAAAAAGUACAUUCUUUUAUUCAUCGGUGAUUGUGACACUUGCAACAAGUUGUAAAAAGUCGAUUCUAAAAAUUCUCUCUCUCAGGAUGAAAAAGAAAGAGCAAACAAAAGAAAGGUGAAUAGGCCCGGAAAAGAUGCCUUAAAAUAAAAUGCAGUAAAACUAUAACGAUCCUCGUGGCUCGUGGCCAAUAAAUCCAGUGUCAAAGAACGACCUUUCCGGGGAGAGUGGUUGGAAUCUGCCGUGUGAAAUACUGCCGGCAAUGCCGAACAUCGUGUUAGCGAAAAAAGCUUUUCCGUAUUGCAUUCGAUAGCUACGGAUCGCCAUCGUUUAUUUAGAAAACGCGCGAGCGCGAAAGCUGAGCGAACGAAACAGAAACGAGGAGAAAAAAAAUUCGUGUUGUACCAUUCAUAGGUCGAAAUAAAAUGGUCAAUAACAUCGUAAGUUGGAAAUAAAGACGUAAAAGCGGACAGAUUCUAUAGCGAUAUACGAUAUUACAUGAUUGUACCUGAAUCUCGAAGAUCUCGUUUUUAUGAUGACAACAAAUUUCCAUUUUUAUCGAUCUAAAGCUGAAAAACAAACUCUCCGUGGUAUAUCUAUCUAUCAAAAAAUAUUUUCUUACUAUACGAAUUGAAGAGUAUUGGUUCUUCCUUCAAACAUGCUCGUUGAUAAUUUUUUAUAUUUCUAUCGUCAUACAUAUUUAAUUUUAUAUAAAUAUAUUUAUAUUAUAUUACAUUUGUAUUUGUUACUUGUCUCAUUCGAUCGAUUAUUCAUUGCUUCUCAAUUAAUAUGAUUGUUAAAUUUUCAAAGGUUCGUACGUAUAUCAAACAAAGAAUCAUAUUUCGAAUUAUGAAACAUGAUCCUCUGAUUUUGGCAUUGUAAAAAGAAUAUUGUUAGGCUUUUAAUUGUUACAGAAUAUUCAAGCUUAAAUUCAAAACGUUAAACUAAAAGUAUAUGCGAAAAAUUUGAGCUCUGAAUAAAAAUAGCAAAGAUUUUCUUUGUGUUUUUGUAUUUUUAUUCAACAGUUAGCUGAACCAAAAGCUCAAAUUAUUCGCGAAUGCUUCGUUACUUCCAAACGUAACGCAUAACGAAUGGACAAUAUAUACAUUUGUUAUUUGAAAGUCUUCGAUGUUAUUUUUUUUUUUUUUCUAAAAUUCUGGAAAUAAGCUAUUAACGAUCGAUCCUUUUUUUCUGGAAAUAAUCUAUUAACAUAAAUAAAUUUAUCUAACUAAUAGGAAAGGCCAAUGACAAUUAAAUUUAAUUAUCUUUUAACAUUUAUUAGAAAUUCGUUAGUCCCGAAAGUUAUUUCUUUUUGGAUUCUUUUGCAUUCGGUCAUUUUACAGAAACGAAUAAUAAGAUAAAGGAUCGAACAGAAUGAAGGAUAUAGAAUUAGGUAAUUAGAUUCAAUCGAUAAACACAGGUGCCAACUCUCAGCUCUCUUCCCAUCUAUCUCUACUUAGAAAGGAAAAGAAGGUAACAAAAGCAGAGUUCGUUAAAGUGAAAAAGAAAGAUAGGAAGGAGCAGCAUCGAUACACUAAGGGACUUUGCCACAUAAUAUUUUCAGCGGUCUAGAAUGAGAAAAAAAAAGAAAAAAGAUAACUAGAAAGAGAAACGAAGAGAGAGAGAGAGAGAGAGAGAGAGAGAGAGAAAAUCGCGAGCCGUUUGUUCGUUUUUCAAGAGAGAAACCGGCCGAGCAUGCGAUCUAAUGUACAUAUAUACACAGGCUGGCGAGUGAUUGUCAUUGAACAUUGUUUAUAUGUAAAUACGAGAAGCGAUGAAAUAAAAGAGGGAAGAGUAAAGAAAGGAAGAAAAUAAAAGCGAAAAGAGAGAGAGAAAAAGAGAGAGAGAGAGAGAGUGGGAGAGAGAGAAAAGAGAGAGAGAGAGAGGAAGAGAAAGUGCAGAAGAAAGGAUCUCAUAUACGGCCGGCGCGGUCUCGCGAGUAUAUUUUUGUAGUUUUGUAUUUUGAUGUGCUCUCUGAGCGAGAUCCCCGUGCUUGCUCACACCGAGAAAACGAUAGGACGUUUGCAGGAUGGCCGACAACGUCGACAAUGAACGUGUUUAGCGUCGUUUCGUCAAUCGAUCGACAUUUAGCGUAUGCACGAAUUACGAAUUAUAUUCAGUGGUACUCGCGUAUAUACAUAUGCUGUAUACAUAUAUGUACAUGUUAAAUACAAGCAUAGGUAUGUCUCUCUCUCUUUCUCUUUCUCUUUAUAUGUAUAUAUAUAUAUAUAUAUAUAUAUAUAUAUAUAUAUAUAUAUCUGUAGAUACAGGCAUACUUAUGUAUGUAUGUAUGCGUACGUAUGUAUAUACAUCCAGCAUAGCUCGCAAUACAAAGCGUUAAAACCAUAAAUCUCGCCAUCCAAAUCGGCACACGUGUCUCGAAUCACGAGCAAUUCACUUUACUUACGCGUUGGCAUUCGUAAGUGGUUAAAUUAUUCUGCCCGUCGAUAUCGAUGCCGAAAUUUCCUAUCCGUCUGUCUGUCUGUCUGUCUGUCUAUCUAUCUAUCUGUCUGUCUGUCUGUCUGCCUGCCUGCCUGCCUGCCUGCCUGCCUGCCUGCUUGCUUGCCUGCCAGCAUACCUGCCACAUCUUUUUCCGGACAUUUCAUCUUCGCGAUAUUUCAACUAACGAGAUAGAAAACGAGAUAGAGGGAAAAGGAGAGGAAGAGAGAGAGGAUGGGAAAAUGAAAGAAUAAAAACGAGUUGGACGAUUUUUGAGUGACGGUAAAUGACGGUACUUGCAAUGGAUAAGGUUGCAAGUUCUACGACAAGAAUAAGAUUCUUUUCUUAAAAUCUUACGGAUUUUAAUAUUACUUUAUAAAGCUUUAAAUUGUUUUCUUUAAUUUUAAAUCUUAAAUAAGUCAGUUUUAAGAAACUUGUACUUUUAUUAGACGAUCGAUUACUUUCAAAUGUUUAUGAAGUUGAUAAUUAUCUUUGAAAUCAUUUAAAUUUAACCGAAGACAUCUACGUUGUCUAUUUAAUCUCUAUAAAUAUCUAUUAUCACGAUGUUAAUUCAACGAUAGAUGAACGUAAUAUAACGGGAAGGGAACUUUGUACCAUACGGGAAUAUAACUUUCUCGUCUGAUGGUCUCGAAACGUAAUAAUACACAUUUCCUUGUCGUUAAUCCGUCGUGUGUCUGGUCGUGACGCUCGUAAUCGAGCGUGUAUACGACGACGAGACGCUUGUACACGCAACUACAAUUAUUAUCGUGAGAUACCUCGUUGUAGCAAGCUACCGUGGUAUCAGAGAAUCUCUCUCAACGACACAAUUUACCAACGGACCCUUCUCGACUUCGAAUCAACAUCCUUCGUCUUUCUUUUCUUUCCAAUAUCGUCCUUUACGAUCAAUCCUUUUUUCAAUCCAAUUUGCGAUUUAUUCACCUAAAAUUGGCACUUAAGGAUAUCUUCUAUUUGUUAUUUGUUUCUUGAUAGGAUGAUCCAGGAUUGUAAAUUCGAUUCAAAAAUAAAGGACGAAAAAAUAUGUCUAUUAUUAUGGAAGCGAUCGAUCGUUUUCUAAGAAAGUAUAAUAUUACGAUCAGUAUUUUUACAUUUCUAAUAAUGUCUCGGAAAUAUAAAUAUAACAGAUUAUUAAAUAAUGUAACAUUCAUAUAUUUAUUUUAUGAAGAAUAUUUCUUUUCAGUAUCGUCAAUUUAUUAACGUAUUUUUUAAGAUAAAUGAUUUACCAAGUUAACUUUCCUUUCACUCAGCUCAUUAAGGGAACUCCAUCAUAAUAUAAUUAUGCUUUACCUGUCAACGUAGUUAAGAACUCAUGUUAUUUAUUGAAACUAUAAAUUGUGCACGUCAGAUACACCAAGUUCACAAUUUGUUAUCGAUAGACGCGAUUAGAGUUAACUGAGUGUUUAAAAAAAAAACGCAGUCUGAAUUACCGUCCGCAAUAACCGAUCCAACUCGAUACUUAUUGUUAGACAUAUUUAAUAUUUAAUUAAUAACGGAGGAGAAAUCGUUAAUCUGUUUUUGACGAAUUAAAAAAUUCAUGUUUUCAUAAUAAAACUCUGGCGUUUCAUAUAACAAAAAGGAUCCUCAAUUGAGAAAAUUUCAUUCUGUUUAAUUAAUAUAUUUAAAUGAACAUACAUAUUCAUUUUCAAUGUUAGAGACGGUUUACGUUAAAAACUAUUUUUAAAAAAUUUCAAUGCGAUAAAACUUUAAUUGUCCUAAUGACUGAUACUUCAAAAUGUACGUUAAUUGGCCAAUCAAGGACAAUCUUACAAUUAGUAUUGAAAGCUAUUAUAUGCUAAAGUACACUAUAAUAUACUUCCAUAAUCAAAAGUCGAUCCACGUUUUAUCCUUUAUUUUAAUAUCAAAUUAUUUCAUAGUGAUCAUCGUUAUAUCGAUUUUCUGCUCUAUAAAGAUCGAUGUUCCUUCAUUAAAAUGUAUUAAAAAUUAAAAUAUAAUUUCUUAUAUUUUCUAAAAAAGAAAAAGGAAUUGCGUUGAUUGCGUUACGAGAAGUUCGCAAAAAUAUUUAAUUAUAGUCCUUUAUGACGAUAACUUUAUCCAUUCGAUAAAGGAAAACGUAUCUGCCUAUACAUAUAAUUAAUGAUAAAAAUCUUACAGGCGAUUGAAACAAAUUCAAUCGGCCAAUUAAUUAAAAUAACUUAUAGAUGAAGGAACAUAUGGACGUAAAAUAAAACUAUAAUAGAGUGCGUGCGAGCGAGCGUGCGUGCGUGAGAGAGAGACAGAGAAAGAGACUCUGUGUUUUUUCGCCAAUACACACAUCACACACAACACAUACACACACACACACACAAACACUAAUAUACCCUGUGGAUAUAAAAAAAAAAACGAUAAUUUUACUAUGAAACGUUGUACAAUAUUAGUUUUAAUCGUGUGUAAUACUUCGUAGAGCGUGUAGUUUUCUAAGUGUCUGCUCGCUGAACGAUUACGUAAAUCGUGUGUCCUAAUUGUCGUCGUUGAAACAUUGCCUAAUCAAUUCUAUUGUUGCGCUUAGAAGACGAAUGAAAAGGAAAAAAAAGUGAUAACGUAACGUAAACCGUGAAAAAUGAAAAAGAACCAAUAUAAAAGAAAAAGAAAAAAAAAAUUUUACGUACGCGUCGAGACAUUAAAAAAUUGUUGUAACAGUGUCUCGUCGAAUAUACGAAUGUGUGUUCCGAAUUAAUCCUUGUGUUAGUUGCGGACAAGGUUAGUAGUGCGUCAUGCCGAAAGAGCGAUACGAGUGGACGCGUUUCUGUGGAUCAGUCGUGUCCAACUGAGUUUGUCUCAAUCGAUUAAUAAUAAUAAUAAUUAUUAAUAAUAAUUAUAUAUAUAUAUAUAUUAUAUUAAUUAUUACGAACGAGGUCAUGCGCGAAUGGGUGACUUACUCGUCAAAGGAUAUUUUCGUAUCUCGUACGGUCUCUUGUUGCAGUAAUGUACAGGAUAAAAACACUUUAUACAUGCUUUUAUCGAAAGCGUAAAGUCAGAAUAAUUAAUAUGAAUGUAAAUGAUUUAUAUUUACGUUUUACGGCAUAGAUAACGAUCUUUAAUAGGAAAUGUAACAUUGAUAUUUACUUUUCCGCCAUAUUUAAACGUGAAUAUAGGAAAGAAAAAGACAUUAAACGAAACCGAUUUUAGCCGAUAGUUUUCGGUAUUAAUUCUUACGAUUCUUAUAUCGAAAAAUAUCUUUUAUGUCAAUUUUUAGUAAUGUUGCCAUCAUUACUAAUACUUAUUUUUAUUAAUUAUUAUAAUACGUAAUCGUGUUCAUUGUCAUCAUCAUCAUCAUUGAUGUCACUGUCAUAAUUCCAACAUUUUUACGUUACAUUGUUACUAUGUCAUUUUUUCACAUUUAUUUAUACAAAUGUUUAUACUACAUUAUCUUUUGAUAAAAAAAAAAAAAAAAACUUGUUUUUGUAAGAGAGAAUGAUGUCGAACGAAUUGUGUAGAAUUCAGUAUAUAAUUUUUAAGUCGAAUAUAAUUUUUAGGUACUGUAAGGAAGGCGCUGUAUAUAUUAUACAUAUUUUAUAAAUAAAAUAUUUAGUGUAACUGUAAUAUUACGAUACUGUACUGAAGGCACUGUUCUGUACACACCACUACAUAGAUUAAAAUUUUAAUAAAUAUUUCCCAACCCUAUA